UCUUCAGCCAGGCGGCGGCUCCUCAGGCAAGCCCGUAGGCCUCGCCCGCCUCUUCUCCCCGCCGCCCUCCCGCCUCAGGGAAAUGAAGACCCCAUGAAGUCACCUCUGGCAUGAUAAGGAAAUAUCAGUAUCAAGUGGAUAUUUAGGAGUUUGGAAACCAAAGCACAAUAAUGAAAGAAAUCCUACAGGAAGAAGAAACCCUCUCGAGGUGCUGAUCUUGUGGAACUCACUUUUGAUCAGAAAGAAAAUGGGAAGACUCAAGUGCCCAUAUUGCAAUUAAUUGUAUACAUACCUGUCAACAUGGAGAAGAAACUUCAUAGAUGUCAUGACUGUGGAAAGAGCUUCACUCAGAGUGGAAAUCUACAUUCUCAUCAAAGGAUUCACACUGGGGAGAAACCAUAUAAAUGCCUGGAGUGUGGAAUGAGCUUCACUCAGAGUGGAAGUUUACGUAAACAUCAAAGGAUUCAUACUGGGGAGAAACCCUAUAAAUGUCUGGAAUGUGGACACAGCUUCAUUGAGCGUGGAGGACUACAAAGACAUCAAAGGAUUCAUACUGGGGAGAAACCCUAUAAAUGUCUGGAAUGUGGACAGACCUUCACUCGCAUUGGAACUUUACAAUCACAUCAAAGAACUCACACUGGGGAGAAACCCUUUGAAUGCCUGGAGUGUGGAGAGUGUUUUGCUCAGAGUGGAGGUCUACACUCACAUCAAAGGAUUCACACUGGGGAGAAACCCUAUAUAUGUCUGGAGUGUGGACAGACCUUCGCUCGGAUUGGAACUCUACGUUCACAUCAUAGAACUCACACUGGGGAGAAACCCUAUACAUGCCUGGAAUGUGGACAGAGCUUCCCUGGGAGUGGAGGACUACGCAGACAUCAGAGGACUCACACUGGGGAGAAACCCUAUAAAUGCCUGGAGUGUGGAAAGAGCUUCGCUCACGGUGGAAGUCUACUUCCACAUCAAAGGAUUCACACAGGAGAGAAGCCCUAUAAAUGCCUGGAGUGUGGACAGAGCUUUGCUCGGAUUGGAACUCUACAUUCACAUCAUAGAACUCACACUGGGGAGAAACCCUAUAAAUGCUUGGAAUGUGGACAGAGCUUCACUGGGAGUGGAGUUCUACACAGACAUCAGAGGAUUCACACUGGGGAGAAACCCUAUAAAUGCCUGGAGUGUGGACAGAACUUUGCUCGUAGUGGAAAUCUGCGUUCACAUCAAAGGACUCACACUGAGGCAAAACCUUAUUCGGGCCCUUAGUGUGGAGAGAGCUUCACUCAGAAACCCAAUCUACAAACUGGGAUACAUGCCUGGAAUAUAGAAAGACUUUCAGUUAUAGUGCAAAUAUAUCUUCACAUCACAGGACACACACUGGGGAGAAGGCUUAUAAAUACCUGGAGUGUGACCAGAGCUUCACUCAGAGUGGAAAUCUACAUUCACAUCAAAGGACUGAGUAAAAACCCUAGUGUGUACAGAGCUUAACUGAGAGUGGAAAUCUGUGUUCACGCCACAGGACUCACACUGGGGAGAAACCCUAUACAAUGUAUAGAAAGAUUUUUUUUCUUAGGAAUGCUGGAUGGUCAUCUAGAAAGCAAAUUUGAAAGAUUGCUAAACUAUAUGAUAAUUGCAGCUAAAAUCCUGUAUCCUCAGAGAUGGAAGGAAGAAGUUAUCUGAACUUAAGUUAACUGACUGAUUUAUUUAUUUUUUGUCAUGUCAGGAGCAACUUGAGAAACUGCAAGUCGCUUCUGGUGUGAUAGAAUUGGCCGUCUGCAAGGAUGUUGCCCAGGGGACGCCUGGAUGAUUUGAUGUUUUUAUCAUCCUUGUAGGAGGCUUCUCUCAUGUUCCUGUAUGGGGAGCUGGAGCUGAUAGAGGGAGCUCAUCCGCCUCUCCCUGGAUUCGAACCUGCGACCUGUCGGUCUUCAGUCCUGCCGGCACAAGGGUUUAACCCACUGUGCCACCAGAGGCUUGACUGACUUAUGGAGAUCUCCAAAGUAGCAAAUAUUAAGAAACUGAUGCUGCUGAAUUAAGGAGAAACAUUUGGUCUCUUUCAAGAAACAUUGCAACUUCAAAAUCACUCUUUCAUGACAACAUUCGGGGCGUUUUGUCAAGUGUAAGAUUAAUGAAUUAGAAGAGUGGUACCGAAGGCAGAAGUGUGCUUAUAUAGGAUUGCCUAAAUGGAGUAGAAUAAUGUAGAAAAAUAGGUUUGUAGAAUUAGACCCAUGUCUGUCUGUUUUUUGUUUGUUGGUGUCGUUUGUGUCUGUUUGUGUCUAUGUAAGAGUGUUUUGUUGGUGUGUUUGUUUCUAAUUUAGCUUUGCACUUUGUUGUAGUAGCUAGUAGGCAUGGAUAGAGCCGCGUUGGAUUACUUGUCACUCUUAAUAAUGUAGUUAGGUACCUUUCUGAAGCGAUUUCGAAGCAUUUUUAAAACCCAGAAGUCCCUUUGACCUUCCGAAGCUUUUUCUGCCAUUUUUGUUAUGACUCAGGAAGUGAGUCGGAAAUGAUUCCGCGUAUUUUCAGCCCUCUAGCCUGCUGGGAGGCUCCUUGCUUCCCCUCCCAGCCAAUCAGGGGAGAAGUUUUGGGGAGGGGAGAGGUUUCGGCACUGGACGACAUUGCUAUAUAUAAAGGGAAGCACAUGGCUCAGAGGCUCAUUCGGAGCCAGGGAGGGAGAAGGGGAAGGGGAAGGACUAAGGGGAAGGAAGUUGUGUUGAAGGAAGGUUGGAAGAAGAGCACAGCGGGCAAGCAAGCAAGCAGAAAGGAAGAAGGGAUGUUGCCAGCUGUGCCUGCCUGGCUGAGCAGUGGGCAGGCUGCCUUGCCACAGGUGUGUUGUUGCUGUUGGCGUUUGGUCGGGUGGGCACUGCAAGGGUAGUGUGUGGGUGAGUGGCAUGGGUGGAAGGAGCAACACCGAGGAACCAAAGCACUCACUCCGACAUUUUUAAAAGCCAACAUUGUAGCUGGUCUCUCUGGCCUCUGUGUUUUUCGUUUGUGUUGCACAUUGCCUCAAAAGAACUAGAUCUCCCAUCAAUUCUUUGAACACAAACUCUCCUUCCCAAAGGAGUGAAAUCUGCUUCCAAGGCGAAAAGGGCAGGGUUGUUUGUUAUUUUCUUUGUUUUCUGUGAGUUGCCUAAGAAGACACUAGAAAUCCCAUACUUACCUGCCUGUGCUGUUUUUUGCGGAUUGUGCAAUCGCGUCCGCCAUUAAUGGAGCGAUUUGGAAAUUUCGGAGAGUUCCGAAUUUUUGGGGGGAAAAAUUGGAAUUCAAUUCCAAAUCAAACCACCAGUGCCCCUUACACCCAAAACGAGUUCUGAACCAUUUUUUUUGGAUCAACCAAGCCUAGUAGCUAGUUAGCUGCAUAGUUUUAGCAUUACGCAUUACAAAAUUGCUCCUUUUUGGAAUAUUGUUUCUUUUAACUUUAAAAAACAAAAACAAAACAAGGUAGCAAAUUUAGGAAGGUUUAAAAUGCUGAGACUGGAGUGGCAGAUAAGACGUGAUUUUAGACCAAUUUGGGGUUUCUUGCCUAAUAUAGCUCUGAAGCUGAUAGUUAUCCUGUCAGUGAUGCGGAAAGGAGACACCUCCAAAACUUCUGCCUCCCAGCUGGGACUACACAAUCCCUCUCUGCCUUUCCCACAUGAUUUCCCCAAUAAAUCAAGUAGCAACCCCUCAGUUCAGCUCAGCAGAGCAGCUGAUUGGCUUUAUUUACACAAGCACGUAUAUUUAUUUAUUUAUUUAUUUAUUUAUUUAUUUAUUUAUUUCACAGUUUUGUAUACCGAGCUUCUCAACCUCAUUGAGGGACUCAGCCCGGUUUCCAGCCAUAAAAAACAUAUACACUCAUUAAAAUAUCAUAUAUCACAAUUUCAAAACAACUUUAAAAACACUAUAUAUAAAACUACAGUGGUCAGUCGUCCUAUUAAGAUGGAUCUACAUCAACUUCCAUCCAGGGUCCUAUGGUGUUGUCUCAUUCAUUGAAGGCCUGACUCCACAGCCACGUCUUCACCCGUUUCCUAAAUGUUAGGAUGGAUGGGGCAGUUCUGGCCUCCAGAGGGAGAGAGUUCCAGAGUCGCGAGGCCACCACCAAGAAGGCCCUGUCCCUCAUCCCCACCAGGCACGCUUGCGAGGCCGGUGGGACCAAAAGCAGGGCCUCUCCAGAUGAUCUUAGUAGUCUUGAUGGUACGUAGGGGAGAAUACGUUCGGAAAGGUAAACAGGGCCGGAGUCGUUUAGGGCUUUAUAGGUCAACACCAGCACUUUGAAUUGUGCUCGGAAGCUAAUUGGCAGCCAUGGGGAAACCUAAGUAUACUAGGUUUACUUACACAGCACAGUGUCUGAUGUGAAAGAGAAAGGAACUUUGCACACAAAUUAAUAUUUAUUCUGUGUUAUCAGUUGACCAACCUCUAGCUAUUACGUUGGCUUGACCAGAAAGGUCCAAGUUUAUUAUUACAGAUCUAUUGUAGUAGUAGAGUCUCCUGGUACCGUUACUACUGAUAGUAUGAGUGGUAGAAAAGGGAUAAGGUGUGCUCAGGAGUUAAGUGAGGAACAGCAAAGGAAGAGGAUUCGGGAAAUACUUAUGUCACCCACUGACGAAGAUUCCUUUGGAGGGGUUUUCUGAAAGUGAAAUGAGUGAGGAGGAGGAAGGGGUUUCAGCAGGUGUAAGUAGGGGAAUUAAGAGGUCUACUUGAGAGUCAGGAUCCGAUGAGUAUCAAAGGAAAAAGAUCUGGGAUAUACUUAAUGCUCCCACAGAGGAGGAGGAUUUCAUGGGUUUCACUGGGAGCAAUGGGUCUGGGAGUGAUGAGGAGGAGGAGGGGUUCAUUGGACUUGACCAAGGUUCAAGAGGUUCGAGAUAUCUGUACUCAACCAACAUCUAGUGACACAUUUGCGGGGUUUUGUGGUGGUGGGGAUUGGCAACCUGGGGAUACUGUGGACUCACGGGGAAACCUAAGUUGGAGGGAUGGGUGUUGGCGUUCAGCUGUAGCAGCUAAAAGUGAUGAUGACAGGGUGGAGGGUAGCUCAUCAUCGAGUGAGGAAUUGUAGGUAAAAGUAAGCACCAAAAUGUUAGAACUUUGCAGUAGGCAAAGUGUUGGUUUCGUGCCUUGGGUUUUGUCGCUGCCACUUUCGUGUUGGGCUUGGGUCCUGGAUCUGCAGCUUGCUGUAUUCAGAGGCGUCCCUAGGUAAUUUUCAACGGUAAGCAAACAGUAUUUUGGCGUGCCCUUGCUCCCCAACCAAUUAGUGAUAUAUAUUUUCUGUUCGUCGUGGGAGUUCUGUGUGCCAUAUUUGGUUCAAUUCCAUCAUUGGUGGAGUUCAGAAUGCUUUUUGAUUGUAGGUGAACUAUACAUCCCAGUAACCACAACUUGCAUAUGUCAAGGUCUAUUUUCCCCCAAGACCGCCUCAAGAGCACCCCGGGCAAAAUCAACUCUACUGCAAAGGCUUACUUUGCGUAAUGGGUUGAGCCGCCCCUGGCUGUAUCCUCCGUGUUUGAACUUGACUUGGAUUCCCGUGAGUGUGGUUUUCUCCCUUCCUUGACUUCGGACUGCUUUUGACGAUGACAGCGCUGACUACGUGGACUUUGGAACCUCGCAACUUUGACCUUGGCUUUCUUCAACUUUGAACUGUUUUUGACUUUGGCUUUUGCUUCACGGACCUUUGUUUGCUUACCCUUUGUCUGCUGUGCUAUUUUAGGUAACUUUGGACACUACUCAGUUUAAUCUGGAUUAUAUCCAUCCGCAUCCAUUCUACGUUCUGUGAUGCUGCCAUAAUUUUAAAAGGAAUUGGUAACUACUUAAAGUUGAUUCUGGGGCUUCCUUCUGAGAGACUCUUUCUACAGGAAGGAUUCAGGAAUGUUUACAUAAUAAUUCUGGAAAUGUCUGCCUACACAUCCUGAGGAUGUGAAAUUCCACACGCACACAGCAUUGUGUUGUAAAUGAAGUGAACUCACCUCCGAGAACAGAGAACAGGCCUCUCUUCACUCUCAACCACCAAAGUGAUUCUGGAGAAUUUUGGAUUCGUGGGCAAAGGGUGACCCAUCUGACAGAUGGAGGCAUGAUGAAAAUACAUAAUACGCAUAUUGGAAAAUAUAUAUUUGAUGUAACCAUAUUAGAAAUAGGAGUUAGAAAAUAUAUAAGAGAAAUGUAUGUAUGUAUGUAUGCAUGACCUUCACUUCACUUGACUUCUUAAAAGCUGCAAAAUGAGAGAGGCCAGCACCUAGGAAAGGAAUGUCUCGAGGCCGCGGGCAUAUUUCAAGAGGAUCCAUUUUGGUUCCAGGCACCUUAUCCUAAGAUGAAUGAGGUGGCCAUCAAGAGGUUUCAGGAAGACCUUAUCUCCGGAUGGAUGGAGACUCUUGCUAUCAGGGUCCAAAGGCAUUCUGGCGAUGGUCCUCAUUAAUAGCAACUCUUCAGGUAGGGAGGCUAAAUGAAGACUGACAUAUGAAAAUAUGCUAUUGAAGUCAAUGUGAAAGGAGAAUUUUGUGACGGACAUUGUGACGCCUUUAUGAUGCAUGCGUAUUAUUUUAAAGGGUAUCUAUGCCAAGCCUUGUCUUUGUUCUGUACCCUAUUUUCCUGGCUUACCAGGAGGGUCCGUAUCCGGUUGCUGCCAACCGAGAAUAAAGCCGUGCUUUUCAUACCUC